ACAUGCAAUACCCCGUGUAUACAGUGAAAGCUGAGUAUGGUAUAUGUGAGGAAGACUGUUGGCAGCUCAUAUUAUAUGUCAUAUUGUUCUUUACGAUCAUGUUAGUUGGCUUCACUAUACUGGCUCCCCUAGCUGUGCUGGGAAUGCGAACUGUUCCUGACAGCCAAAGGUCAUACGCACUUGGUAUAUCGUCUCUUAUGUAUCGAUUACUUGGUGCUGUACCAGGACCAAUUAUUGUCGGAGCCGCAAUUGAUAGUGCGUGUAUUGUGUGGCAAGAACACUGCGACAGCACAGGGAAAUGCCACAUAUACGACAACGCGGAUUUUGCAUGGAAAUGGUUCAUUGUUGGUUUUGUGUUUUACGGAAUAACCGUCAUUUUUUACAUAUUGGCCCUAUUUACAUAUAAAGAACCUCAAAAUGAAGAAAUAGAACCCAUAACCUAUAAAUUAAAGUCUGAAAACACAGAGGACUCUGUAAUGGGAACUUAUAGGACCACUGGCAGCUUUUCAUUCUCCCAGCCAGUCGAUGCGGACACAGAACCUCCGAGUAAUUAGAAGUCAAUGUGAUAUUGGAUGUAAGCGUGUUUUUUUCCUGCUUUAAGCAGAUUCUUUUUAUU